AAAUAAUUUUUGUUUAAAAAAAUUGACAAAAAUUGACUUCCAGAGGUCCAAAUUGACAUCUGUUGUCAGCGAGAUUGACAGCUGCCAAUUGGAAAGAAAAGAGUUUUUGGCUACACCGCAUGUGCAAAUAUCUUCGUGUAGAGUAAGAUCUUUAGCAUUUACUUAAAGAAAGAUUUUCGUCUGAUGUUCGUCCUGAAGAAAACCGAAAGUAAGAAACUUAAGGAAAAUUUUCACUACGCCAUAACCGCAAACACAGACAUAAGGCAUAACGGUAGAGAGGAAUGUUGUGUUGUGUUACCUACUAGGGGACUGGGGCCGACCCCAAGACGACUUGGUCUCGUCUAUCUGACAUGGCGUAGUCACCAGGUAUAAUUCUGUGGAAUUUUCUUCUUAACCUGCUCACUAUCGGGCUACCACCGAAAACCUCCACUGCACACAAGUUUCUGGAGACCGUUCCCGUUUUUCGUGGGGAUUUUACGAGGAACUGAGUCUGUAGCAACUCAAUUCCACUUUUCGGCAGCCAAUAUUUGUGUGCAGCUGGCCGAUCGCUAUCGAUCAACGUUAAUGCUUCAUCUUCUUUGAUCCAGGGCAAUCUAUGAAAGGUAUGCCUCCAAGGUGAACUUCACCACGUCCCGAUGAGGCUAGUGCGAGUUCGGUAACAACAAACGUACCAAACCUCCCAUUUAUUUCUUCUGAAAUAGCUAUGCAUUUCUACUUGUACUCCAGACAGAUUCCAAAUUUGGAAACAGCGAUGGCACUAUGCAGUGACAAUCACGACUUUCGCUGACCUUUCAAGAGAAACCCAGCGAGCUCUAUUUACAAACGUCCUUAGUGACGACACUGUCAAACGAAUGAACAUCUUAGGGCUCUAAGAUAUGAAUGCUAUCAUCGAAGCUUUUCAAAUCCAGGUAUGUGGCAGCUCAGGUAUCUUUGUUCAUGAAUACAAGUUUCACAACAGGUCCCAAGGGACAAAUGAGUCUUUUGAAGAAUUUUACACCGAUUUGCAAACCCUAUUGAAUAAAUGUCACUUCGAAGAUUGUUGCAAGACAGAAGCUAGGAUGUCAUGUAAAGAUAGUAUUCUCAGUGCAAGAUUAAAGGCUGACAUAAGGUCUAAUGAGGUUUGUAAGGGUCUUCUGUGUAUCAAAGAUCUAACUCUUGAGAAGGCCCUGAAGCAUGUUCAAGUUGAUGAAGCUACUUCAUUCCAAGCAAAUCAAUUUUCUUCUCAAAUAAAAAAAACUGUUGCUUCUGCCUGCCAACAAAACAAGUCAGAUAACAACCGCAACAGAAACAGUGCAUCUCUUGCUGAUUCACAAGAAGACGACCCUAGGAAGUGCAAAUUCUGUAUGAGGGUCCGUGUUUUCCGAAAGGAACUGCGAAAGAUUCUAUUUGCAAAGCCUGCAUCCAGCUCAGUUCAGAUUUCCUGGAAAUCUUUCCCUUCAGAUUAUUUCUGCUGAUGCCAAGUCUCAAAUAAGCCUAACAGCAUCUGUUAAAGCCAUCAACCUUUCUGCUAUUCUAAGUGUUCGAUCUCGCUGCUAUGCUGAUUUUGUCAUUGGAAAUCACAACUGGAUCCAACGCUGCAUGGUUGAUCCUGGUGCCAACAUAAACUGUGUUAGUUAUGACUGGAUCACUUGCUUUGAAACUCCUGAUUGGAACUAUGCCCUUGAGUGUGGCUCUUGCUGCUGGUAGACAUAGCCUUGAUAUUGAAGGACGUGUGCUUUUAAAGAUUUCCUGGCCCCAGAGGACCCAAUCCUCUUUGUUAAUCAGUGGUUUAACAUUGUCCAUGGUGAAGAUGGAGUUGUACUUUGGCACUUCUGUGUGCCGUGCUCUGGGUGUUAUUGAUCACCAAUGGCCCCUAUCUAACCUGACACAAAAUGUCAAACCGUCACCUUCAACUGCAUUGACACUUGAAGCAGACCCUGUCCAGCCUACACCUUGUAUAAUAGUAGAUGUUGAACUUCUCUCAGAAACCAGCAACCCGGAAGCUAUCCUUGCACCUUCUGAUGAUGACCUGUAGACCAAUUUGAAGUGGAUGUACCACCCAGUGGUACAUCACAACACCAAGUACAACACCAAGUUAAUGUGAUUGGUACUUCUUCGCCACCACCCAUUGUCUUCUCUCGUGCAUGAUUAUGAAGAAGUCUUUGAUGAAACUGUUCUCCCUGCAAUGUCAGGUGAAUCAUUUAAGAUCAAUCUAAAACACAAUGCUACACCCUUUGCUCAGUUAAAGGCAAGAGAAAUUCCUAUCCCUCACAUGAAGCAACUGAAGAAGCAACUUCAUCGUCUCCUUUGUAACCAGUUGACGCCGUAACAAUCCCGGCACUUCCGUUCCUCAUCCUUAUCAACUCCCAGCCACCAUACUUUACAUCUGAGUCUCUCCUUUAAUUUCACUAUCCCCUGGUGACCCUCGUGCGCAAGUUCCACAACCCUUGGCCUCAACACCUUGGGUAUCACAAUUCGUGUUCUACGCAGGAUAACUUGACCAAUGAAGGUGAACUCGUUACGCACCAUCAUGAAUGACCCUGGGCCCUUCUCCUAGUUUCCUCUAGUAAGGCAAUUACGCAAUGCUUGCAACUCUUCAUCCUCUGCGGGGGCGCUCUCUAGCUCUUGGAUCUUAAUGGCUACAGGAACUGCUUUAAACGCAACCGU